CGUCGUCGUCAUAGUUCGUAAUCGUUUUUGGGUUUCAACCCACCACCACCUUGAAUGGAAUCCGACAUUGCAUUGCAGCGAUAGGUAGAAGAAACAAUAUCGAAGGCUCCAAUUCCUACACGCAGUGAGCGAAACCCAAUGACUCUAGCCAUGGUUUAGCUUCUAACAUGGCUCGCUGAACCCCUAGCGUUUCUCCCUCUUUGCAACGCUCGUCCGAUCCCGAUCCCUUUCUGAUUCCGAUCUGAUCCAAUCCAAUGGCAGGGGCAGUCUCUGCUCUGUUCCUUCUCGACAUCAAAGGCCGCGUCCUCAUUUGGCGCGACUACCGCGGCGAUGUCACCGCCAUCGAAGCCGAACGCUUCUUCACCAAACUCAUUGAAAAAGAGGGGGAUCCGCAGUCUCACGAUCCGGUUGUGUUUGAUAAUGGCGUGACCUACUUGUUUAUACAGCAUAGCAAUAUUUUCCUCAUGACGGCUACCAGGCAAAACUGCAAUGCUGCUAGCCUUCUUUUCUUCCUACAUCGAACUGUUGAUGUGUUUAAGCAUUAUUUUGAAGAAUUGGAAGAGGAAUCUCUAAGGGAUAACUUUGUUGUUGUGUAUGAACUACUUGAUGAAAUAAUGGACUUUGGCUACCCCCAAUAUACUGAGGCAAAGAUUCUUAGUGAGUUUAUCAAGACGGAUGCUUAUAAAAUGGAAGUUGCACAGAGACCUCCCAUGGCUGUGACAAAUGCUGUAUCCUGGCGCAGUGAAGGAGUGACCUACAAGAAAAAUGAGGUUUUCUUGGAUGUGGUGGAGAGUGUUAACAUACUUGUCAAUAGCAAUGGGCAAAUAAUUAGGUCAGAUGUGGUUGGGGCAUUGAAGAUGAGAACAUAUCUGAGUGGUAUGCCUGAGUGUAAACUUGGGUUGAAUGAUAGAGUAUUAUUAGAGGCACAAGGUAGAACAACCAAAGGAAAAGCAAUUGACUUGGAGGACAUCAAAUUCCAUCAGUGUGUGCGCUUGGCCCGAUUUGAGAAUGACCGAACGAUUUCCUUUAUCCCUCCUGAUGGAUCAUUUGAUUUAAUGACAUAUAGGCUCAGUACACAGGUUAAGCCUUUAAUUUGGGUGGAAGCACAAGUUGAAAACCAUUCAAAAAGCCGGAUUGAGAUUAUGGUAAAAGCUAGGAGUCAAUUUAAGGAACGCAGUACUGCCACAAAUGUUGAGGUCGAGUUGCCUGUCCCUGCUGAUGCAACCAAUCCAAAUGUUCGAACUUCAAUGGGAUCUGCAUCAUAUGCACCUGAAAAAGAUGCAUUAAUCUGGAAAAUAAGAUCAUUUCCCGGAGGCAAGGAGUACAUGUUAAGGGCAGAGUUUCGUCUUCCCAGUAUAGUAGAUGAGGAAGCAACCCCCGAGAGAAAAGCUCCCAUACGCGUAAAAUUUGAGAUACCAUAUUUCACUGUGUCUGGGAUUCAGGUAAGAUAUUUGAAGAUUAUUGAGAAAAGUGGGUAUCAGGCUCUUCCAUGGGUGAGAUACAUAACAAUGGCUGGAGAGUAUGAACUGAGGCUCAUUUGAGAUUUGUAUCUUUGUUUUGAAUGAUCGUGGAUGGAAAAGGGAAUCUCAGGUGAAAUUAGUUUUUGGCCGACCGCAUCAAAUUAGAAGUUACUCAUUGUCUUGAAAGAUGCUGUCAGCAGAAAAUGAUGAGUUGCUAAGUGUAAGCUAGAAACUCUUAUCAAACCCCUUCGGUCAAAUCUGUUUUGAUAGGGAAAAUGGUUGGUUCUCCCUCUUCUUUUUAGGCCUUUUCUGUAAUCACAAUCUGUCCAUCUUUUUCCAUCUUCUCCUUGUAAUUUCAUCUUCUUUUUAAAGAGAAUUAUAGGGUUUUGUAUUACCAAGUAAAUUACUUCUAUAGACCAAUUAUAGACAAGGGAAAUAAUUGUCCCUCGGCUAUGUAUGAACGAUAAAUACAAAUGCAUUUUUUAAAUAUUUAUUUACAAAGUUUUACAGAUUA